GAAUCAGGGAGUACUCGCGCGCACCCCUUCACUCUACACAUGGUAUAAACCAUUUCGAGAUUGUAAGUGCUGCUUGUCAUUCCUGGGCAUUCACGACAGGCUCUCUCUGGCUUCCCAUUGAAAUAGUCAAAUCAUGUGUGUGCGUGUUGUACAUUAAGACUGCUCUUGGAUUCCCUUAUUCAAAAUUAAAAGCCUCCGAACGACAGCAGCUCUUUUCAGAGGACACUGGACCUAGGGUGCAUUUUAUUCCUCCGCGCGGCUUCUAUGAAAACGCAGUUUGCACCCUUUUCCCUUUGCCUCACGUUUGUUUUUCGACUGGAGAUGAUGAGAGACCGUUCUUAAGGACUCUACGUUGGUAAAGAACAGAAUUGGCUCCCUCAACCUGUACCUGUGCGAUUAAUUCAGCAACGAGGCGGAUAGACGUCGGAUGUGUAUUCAGAAUGCAUUUCUGGGUCUGAACUCAGUCACUUACCUUUUGAUGUUGACAAAAGAGAAGAGGUUGCCAUGGAAGUGAAGGAACGCAGACCUUAUCGCUCGCUGACCUCCAGAAGGGACACGGAGCGCCGUUACACAAGCUCUUCAGCCGACAGCGAAGACGGAAAGAUUAAUCCCAAGUCCUACAGCUCCAGCGAGACGCUCAAGGCCUUCGACCAAGACUCCAGGCUGGCCUAUGGAAGCAGGGUCAAAGAUGUAGUGCACCAUGAGGUUGACGAAUUCUGCAGGCAAGGGGCAGACUUCUCUCUCCGUGAUCUGGCCUUUGCCGAGGCUGUCCCCUCUCAUGUGGCGGCCUACCGGACGGAUCUGGGCCUGCCCCACCGCGAUUACUCUGUGAGCGUGGGCUCGGACGCCGACACCGAGACUGACGGCAUAAUGUCCCCGGAGCAUGCGGUCCGGCUGUGGGGCCGGCAGAACACCAAAUCAGGCCGCAGCUCCUGCCUGUCCAGCCGGGCCAACUCCAACUUAACGCUGACCGACACUGAACAUGAGAACACGGAGAAUGGUCCGCCUCUGCAUUGCUCCUCAGCCUCCUCCUCCCCUGUCGAGUCCCCAUUCCCUCCCCCUUCCCAUGCAGCCAAUGAGAGCCAUGGAAGGUUGCUAGGUAACAGUGUGGCUCAGCCAGCCCAGGACUCUGAGUCGGAAGAUGAGUUUGGCCCCAAUUCAUUCUUAGUUAAAACUGGCUCAGGGACCCUCUAUGCUCCUGCUGCCGCUGACGACGUCACUUUCCAGAAUCACUCCCGCCUGCGGACGCCGCCCGUCCCCUUGUCCCACUCCCACUCACCCAGUCUGCAGCACCAUGCCACCUCCGUCAACUCCCUGAACCGGGACAACUACACGCCGCGCAGUAACGCCAGCCCUGCCCCCACCGACAGCUCGGUGCCCCCAGAGGGCCCUGCCAGUACCCAGGAUUCGGGCAGUGCGCAGGACAACUGGCUGCUCAACAGCAACAUUCCCCUGGAGACAAGGAGCCAGAAUACUCUAAUGUUUAUCAGAGAAGAGCAAGACGCAUGCAGAGAUGGGCAGGGCUCUUACAGUACCAGAAACAUUGCAAAGCAGACAUUCCUUGAGACUUUGCAGGACAACUUGAUUGAGAUGGACAUUCUGGCGGCGGCGCGCCACGACGGCGCUUUCGGUGACGGGCACUUUCUCUUCAAACCCGGCGGAACCUCGCCAAUGUACUGCACAACAUCGCCGGGCUACCCUCUGACCUCCAGCACCGUCUACUCGCCCCCGCCGCGCCCGCUGCCGCGCAACACCUUCUCCCGGCCAGCCUUCAGCCUGAAGAAGCCCUACAAGCACUGCAACUGGAAAUGUGCUGCCCUCAGCGCCAUCCUCAUCUCCGUCACCCUAGUCUUUCUGCUGGCCUACUUCAUCGCCAUGCACCUCUUUGGGCUGAACUGGCACUUGCAGCCUAUGCAGAGACAGAUGUACCAGUUAACGGAGGAUAACACCAGCGGCCUGCCGCUGCCCACAGACUUAGGCCUGCCACCCCUGGGCAACACAGGGCUGGAACUGCCAGAUCGAAGAGGCAAGGACGACGGCAAAUUGGACGGCCUCUUUCCCGAUGACAGCUUCAUAGACAUGGGUGAGAUCGAUGUGGGUCGUAAGGUCGCGCAGCAGAUCCCGCCAGGCGUCUUCUGGAGGUCCCAGGUCUUUAUCGACCACCCCAUGUACCUCAAAUUCAAUGUGUCCCUUAGCAAAGAUGCCUUGGUGGGAAUCUAUGGCAGGAGAGGGCUCCCUCCGUCACAUACACAGUUUGACUUUGUGGAGCUCCUGGACGGUAGACGGCUCCUGGUGCAGGGGGUGCAGGGCCUGGAGGGCCCCCCGGCUGCUCACCAACAGCAGCAGCAGCCACAGAGGGGUCUGAUCCCGCUGGCCACCCACGACACAGGCUUUAUCCAGUACAUGGACUCGGGCAUCUGGCACCUGGCGGUCUACAACGAUGGCAAGGAGACGGAGCAGGUGUCCUUCCUCACUAUCGGUGUUGAUUCAAUCGAGGACUGCCCCAGCAAUUGCUUCGGCAAUGGGGACUGCAUCGCCGGCACCUGCCACUGUUUCCUGGGCUUCCGUGGCCCCGACUGCGGAAGAGCCUCGUGCCCAGUGCUGUGCAGUGGCAAUGGCCAGUACCUGAAAGGGCGCUGCAUGUGCCACAGCGGCUGGAAGGGAGCAGAGUGUGACGUUCCCACCAACCUGUGUAUCGAUGCAGCCUGCAGCGGCCAUGGCACCUGCAUUGGUGGCACCUGCAUCUGCAACCCAGGGUACAAAGGAGAGAGCUGCGAGGAAGUGGACUGCCUGGACCCCACGUGCUCGGGACGAGGGGUGUGUGUGCGUGGUGAGUGCCACUGCUUCACCGGCUGGGGCGGCUCUGGCUGUGAGAGCCCACGGGCCUCCUGCAUGGACCAGUGCUCCGGCCACGGGGCCUUUCUGGCCGACACCGGAACCUGCAGCUGUGACCCCAACUGGACCGGCCACGACUGCUCCACUGAGAUUUGUGCAGCAGACUGUGGCGGCCAUGGCAUCUGUGUGGCGGGCACCUGUCGCUGCGACGAGGGCUGGAUGGGCGCCGGCUGUGACCAGAGGGCAUGCCACCCGCGCUGCCAGGAGCACGGCACCUGCAAGGACGGCAAAUGCGAGUGCAGCCCCGGGUGGAACGGAGAGCACUGCACCAUCGCUCACUAUCUGGAUAAGGUAGUGAAAGAGGGAUGUCCCGGUCUGUGCCACGGCAACGGCAGGUGCACACUGGGUAAUAACGGCUGGUACUGCGUGUGCCAGCUGGGCUGGCGCGGAGCAGGGUGUGACACCUCCAUGGAAACGGCCUGUAGCGACGGCAAGGACAACGACGGAGAUGGUCUGGUGGAUUGCAUGGACCCUGACUGCUGUCUGCAGGCCUCCUGCCACACCACGUCCCUGUGUGUGGGCUCGCCUGACCCCCUGGACAUCAUCCAGGAGACCCAGAUCUCCUCGGGCCAAAGCACUCUGCAGUCCUUCUACGAGCGCAUCCACUUCCUGAUUGGCCGAGACAGCACCCACGUCAUCCCCGGGUCUAACCCUUUUGAUGGCAGUCAUGCCUGUGUUAUCCGUGGACAAGUGGUGACUUCCGACAGCACCCCACUGGUGGGAGUGAACAUCAGCUUUAUUAAUAACCCUACCUAUGGCUACACCAUCACCAGACAAGAUGGCAGCUUCGACCUGGUCGCCAGCGGAGGUGUGGCCAUCGCCCUGCGCUUUGAGCGUGCUCCCUUCAUCACCCAGGAGCACACCUUGUGGUUGCCGUGGGGGCGCUUCUUCGUCAUGGACACAGUCGUCAUGCGCCACGAGGUCAAUGACAUCCCCAGCUGUGACCUGAGCAGCUUCGCCAGGCCCAGCCCCGUGGUGGCACCCGCUCCGCUCACCGCCUUCGCUGGGACCUGCGUGGAGAGGGGCUACAUUGUACCUGAAAUUCAGGCCUUGAAGUCGGAAGUGCGGAUCCCUGGCACGGACAUGCGACUCAGUUACCUGAGCAGCCGGACCCCGGGCUACAAGUCGCUCCUGCGGGUGACCCUCACCCACACCAUCAUCCCCUUCAACCUGAUGAAGGUACACCUGAUGGUGGCCGUAGAGGGACGCCUCUUCAGGAAGUGGUUCCCCGCCGCGCCCAACCUGGUCUACGACUUUUUGUGGGACAAGACUGACGUCUACAGCCAGAAAGUGUACGGCCUGUCUGAGACCUUCGUGUCCGUGGGGUACGAGUACGAGUCCUGUCCAGACAUCAUCCUCUGGGAGAAGAGGACGGCUGUCCUGCAGGGCUACGAGACCACAGCCUCCAAGCUGGGCGGAUGGUCCCUGGACAAGCACCAUGCCCUGAACAUCCAGAGUGGCAUCCUCCACAAAGGCAACGGCGAGAAUGUGUUCAUUUCCCAGCAGCCCCCUGUGAUUGGGAGCAUCAUGGGUAACGGACGGAGGCGGAGCAUUUCCUGCCCCAGCUGUAACGGCCUGGCGGACGGCAACAAGCUGCUGGCUCCGGUGGCGCUGGCAUGUGGCUCGGACGGCAGCCUGUACGUAGGCGACUUCAACUACGUUCGACGGGUCUUCACCACGGGCAACGUCACCAGUGUGCUGGAGCUCAGAAAUAAAGAUUUCAAGCAUAGCAACAGCCCAACCCAUAAAUACUACCUGGCCACUAGCCCAGUGACCGGGGCGGUCUACCUGUCCGACACCAGCACCAGGAAGGUGCUCAAGAUCAAGUCCCUGAGCAAGGUGAAGGACGUGGCCAAGAACCUGGAGGUGGUUGCAGGCACUGGGGACCAGUGUCUGCCCUACGACGAGACUCGCUGUGGGGAUGGAGGCAAAGCCAUUGAGGCCCCCCUCACCAAUCCCAGAGGCAUUGCCGUGGACAAAUACGGUGUCAUCUUCUUCGUGGACGGCGUCAUGAUCCGCCGAGUGGACCAGAACGGAAUCAUCUCAACGCUGCUGGGUUUUAACGACCUGACUUCAGCUAGGCCUCUGAGCUGUGACUCGGCCAUGGACAUCUCCCAGGUGCGGUUGGAGUGGCCGACUGACCUGGCGGUGAGCCCAAUGGACAACUCUCUGUAUGUUCUGGACAACAAUGUAGUGCUCCAGAUCUCUGAGAACCACCAGGUGCGCAUUGUGGCUGGCCGUCCCAUGCACUGCCAGGUUCCCGGCAUCGACCACUUCCUAGUAAGCAAAGUGGCGGUGCAUGCCACGCUGGAGUCGGCGAACGCCCUGGCGGUCUCGCACAGUGGCGUGCUCUACAUCGCUGAGACGGAUGACAUGAAGGUGAACCGCGUGCGGCAGGUGUCGACCAGCGGCGAGAUCUCGCUGGUGGCUGGCUCCCCGAGUGGCUGCGACUGCAAAAGCGACCCCAACUGCGACUGCUACUCCGGCGACGAGGGCUACGCCAAGGACGCGCGGCUGUACGCGCCCUCCUCGCUGGCCGUGUCACCCGAUGGCGAGCUGUUCAUCGCCGACCUCGGGAACGUGCGCAUCCGCUACGUGCGCCGCAACCGCCCCUUCCUGAGCCCGCUCAACAUGUACGAGGUGACGUCGCCCAUCGACGACGAGCUCUACCUGUUCGAAGCCAACGGCAGCCACAUCUACACGCAGAGCCUCACCACUGGCGACUACAUCUACAACCUCACCUACACCGGCGAGGGCGACCUGGGCACCGUAACCGACCUCAACAAGAACGUGGUGACCAUCCGCCGUGAUGCCACCAGCAUGCCCCUCUGGAUCAUGGCACCCGACGGGCAGACCUUCUGGUUCACCAUCGGCACCAACAACGCCCUGAAGAGUGUGGCGGCCCAGGGGCACGAGCUGGCCAUCAUGACCUACCACGGGAGCUCGGGGCUCCUCGCCACCAUGAGCGACGAGGACGGCUGGACCACUUUCUAUGAGUAUGACAGCUACGGGCGCCUGACGAACGUCACCUACCCGACGGGCAGAGUGAGCAGCUACCGGAGUGACAUGGACAGCUCCGUCAGGGUCCAGACCGAGGGCUCCAACAAAGAAGACAUCACCAUCACCACCAACCUCUCCGCCUCCGGAACCUUCUACACGCUCAUGCAGGAGCAAGUGCGUAACAGCUACUACAUCGGCCUGGACGGUUCGCUGCGGCUGGUCCUGGCCAACGGGAUGGAGGUGUCCCUGCACACAGAGCCCCACCUGCUGGCCGGCACGGUCAACCCCACCGUCAGCAAGCGCAACGUCACGCUGCCCAUUGACAACGGCCUCAACCUGGUGGAGUGGAGGCAGCGCAAGGAGCAGGCCCGCGGCCAGGUCACCGUCUACGGCCGCCGGCUCAGGGUACACAACCGCAAUCUGCUGUCCAUGGACUUCGACCGCAUCACCCGAACCGAGAAGGUGUAUGACGAUCACAGGAAGUUCACACUGCGCAUCCACUACGACCACGCCGGCCGCCCCACCCUCUGGGCCCCCAGCAUCCGCCUCAAUGGCGUCAAUGUCACCUACUCCGCCAGCGGGCAUGUGGCCGGCAUCCAGAGGGGCACCAUGUCCGUGCGCAUGGACUAUGACCAGAAUGGCCGCAUAAACUCACAGACCUUCGCCGACGGGAAGUCGUGGACCUACACCUAUCUGGAGAAGUCCAUGGUCCUGCUGCUCUUCAGUCAGCGGCAGUACAUAUUUGAGUUUGACAAGAACGACCGCCUGUCGUCGGUGACCAUGCCCAACGUGGCGAGGCAGACCCUGGAGACCACGCGCUCAGUGGGCUACUACCGCAAUACGUACCGGCCGCCAGAGGGAAACGCGUCGGUGCUGCAAGACUACAGCGAGGAGGGCUUGCUGCUGCAGACCCAGCACCUGGGCACAGGCCGACGCGUUAUUUACAAGUACGGCAAGCUCUCGAAGCUACUGGAGGUGCUCCACGACACGACUCGCGUGGCCUUCACCUAUGACGAAGCGGCCGGGUUGCUAAAGACAGUUAGCCUUCAGAGCGAGGGCAGCUUCACCUGUACAAUCCGGUACCGGCAGCUGGGCCCACUCAUCGACCGACAGAUCUUCCGCUUCAGCGAGGAGGGUCUGGUGAACGCCCGAUUUGACUACAACUACGACAACAGCUUCCGGGUGACCAGCAUGCAGGCGGUCAUCAACGAGACGCCGCUACCCAUCGACCUAUAUCGCUAUGACGAUGUGUCGGGCAAGACGGAGCAGUUUGGCAAGUUCGGUGUCAUCUACUACGAUAUAAACCAGAUUAUCACCACCGCUGUAAUGACACACACCAAGCACUUUGACGCCUAUGGCCGUGUCAAGGAGGUUCAGUACGAGAUCUUCCGGUCACUUAUGUAUUGGAUGAUGGUGCAGUAUGACAACAUGGGCCGUGUGGUGGCUAAGGAGCUGAAAGUCGGACCUUACGCCAACACCACUCGCUAUGCCUACGAGUAUGACGCGGACGGCCAGCUGCAGACCGUCUCCCUUAACGACAAACCGCUCUGGCGCUAUAGUUACGACCUCAAUGGAAACCUGCACCUGCUGAGUCCCGGAAGCAGCGCUCGCCUCACCCCACUGCGCUAUGACCUGCGAGACCGGAUCACGCGUCUCGGUGACGUCCAGUACCGGAUGGACGAGGACGGCUUCCUGCGCCAGCGAGGCAACGACUACUUUGAGUACGACUCGGCCGGACACCUGACCCGGGCCUACAACCGGGUGGCUGGCUGGAGUGUGCAGUACCGCUACGACGGGCUGGGUCGCCGCGUGUCCAGCCGCAGCAGCCCGGGACACCACCUGCAGUUCUUCUACGCCGACCUGUCCAGCCCGGCCCGGGUCACGCACCUGUACAACCACUCGAGCUCCGAGAUCACCUCUCUGUACUACGACCUCCAGGGCCACCUCUUCGCCAUGGAGUUGAGCAGCGGGGACGAGUUCUACGUGGCAUGCGACAACAUCGGCACCCCGCUGGCCGUCUUCAGCGGGUCGGGCGCCAUGAUCAAGCAGAUCUUCCACACGGCCUUCGGCGAGGUCUACCUGGACACCAACCCCAGUUUCCAGCUCAUCAUCGGCUACCAAGGCGGCAUCUACGAGCCCCUCAUCAAACUGGUCCACAUGGGCAAGCGCGACUAUGACUCUCUCGCGGGACGCUGGACCACACCUGACCACGACGUGUGGCAGUCGCUGAACGGCAACAACAUUGCGCCCUUUAACCUCUACAUGUUCAAGAACAACAACCCCCUGACCAAUAGCCGGGAGACCAAGUGCUACAUGACAGAUGUCAACAGCUGGCUGGUGACAUUCGGCUUUCAGCUGUACAACGUCAUUCCGGGCUACAAGAAGCCCGUCUUGGACUCCAUGGAGCCUUCGUACGAGCUGAUCAACACACAGAUGAAGACUCAGGAAUGGGACAGCACCAAGUCAUUGCUCGGCGUGCAAUGCGAGGUGCAGCGGCAGCUGAAGUCGUUUGUGCGCCUGGAGCGCUUUGGUCAGAUCUACCAGGCAAGCAGCGCCGGCUGCGUGCCGGCCAAAAGCGACAAGGCUUUCGCCUCGGGCUCCUCCAUGUUCGGCCGUGGCUUCAAGCUGGCCAUACGCGAAGGGCACGUGCACGCUGACAUCAUCAGCCUGGCCAGCGAGGACGGGCGGCGGCUGGCAGCGGUGCUGGACGGCGCCCUCUACUUGCACGAGCUGCGCUACACGGUGGACGGCGCGGACACGCACCACUUCGUCAAGUCGGGCAGCGCAGAGGGCGACCUGUCGCUGCUUGGCAUGACGGCGGGCCGCCGCACACUGGAGUCGGGCACCAACGUGACGGUGUCGCAGAUGAACGCGGUGCUGGGCGGCCGCACACGGCGCAUCACCGACGUUACACUGCAGCACGGCCCGCUGUGGUUGUGCGUGCGGUACGGCAGCGGCGCCGACGAGGAGCGGUCACGCGUGCUGGAGCUGGCGCGGCAGCGGGCCGUGAUGGGCGCCUGGGCCCGCGAGCGCCAGAGACUGCGCGACGGCGAGGACGGCUCGCGGGCGUGGACCGGGGGCGAGAGGCAGCAGCUACUCAACGGGGGCCGCGUGCCCGGCUACGAUGGCUACUACGUGGCCUCGGCUGACCAGUACCCCGAGCUGGCCGACAGCCCCAGCAACAUCCAUUUCAUGCGACAGAGCGAGAUGGGCAGGUGACAUGAACCCGGUGACCGUGACCCCGCUCACCCUCCUCCGGAGAGGGGAACUGACUGGACACGACACACACACACGGACAGCGUCAUUUAAGGACUUCUUGCCAAAGACGGAUGUUGUUGUUUGUUUUGUUUUGAUUAUUUGAACAUGUGACCACUUCAUGUUUUUAAUUCUCAUGUGUCCUAAGACUUGUGUGUUCAUUUUUUUUAACAAACGGACAAACUCUUGGUUGCAUCAAGAGUUUGCUCCUCUGAUACAGUAGUGCCCUUUUAUCGUGUGUUACUUUUGUUUCCAUUCGGGAGUUCUUUACCAGUCUUUGCCCUUCAAGUGCGGCUGCUAGAGGACGAUGAGUCGACCCAGCGCUGGAGGUGUUGUCGACUUGUUCUUGCGACGUCCCCAUUUGAUGAUCCUGUUUAAAGGAGCAGACGAGCAGUGGUGCUGCUGGCGUUGGCUGGGUCCACGGGCUCCGCCCGGCCCAGCCCAGCGCGAAAAGCAAAUGGAUCCACGCCAAAACGCUCACUUCGUUUCUGCCUUUUUUUCUGCACCUCGGCCAAGGAGAGACAUUUCUCUGUCAAACUGUUUUGUUUAUUUUUCGCUUUGGUUCUUUCUUUUUCAUCAUUGUUUUAUACUUGAAAAAAAAUCCCCUUCACAAAUUGACCCUGUUUAAAGAAAAGAACUUUGAUGUCUGCUGUAUGCAUAGCCCUACAGUCACGGCUCUAACUGAACUCUAGUCUAAGUUUUUGACAAUGUAGUGGUGUCUUGUUAAUAUUUCAUUUUUUCAAAAAAAAAAAAAAAAAGCUUUGUAUUCAUCUCGUGGUCUCAGCCCCCUUGCAAGACUCCUAAAGGGCUUUGGCUCAGACCUGCCUUCAGUUCAGGUUGACUUACUUUUGGUAACAUACCUAGAUUUUCUUAAACCAUCGUUUCAAUUUGAUAUCUGUGGCCUACAUUGUGCUGCAAGCUUAGCACAAGGAAGACCCCAAACUUUGAUUUACAACACUGUUUUUUCUUUUGUUUCAGUUUUAAAAGUGUUUGUUGCCUUUUAAUGUACAUUUAAACAGAAUAUUCAGAAAAAAAGACUCUCCAUCAACUGUGCUCAUGGGCACUGAAGAGUUAACUGAGGAAAAAAAGAUACUAGAGCCAAACCUAUAAGGAAAAAAAUGUGGAACAAUGUUUUCUGUAUUAAAGAAUGGAAGGUAUUUUACUCAAAUGGUUUUAAAUCACCAUCAGUUAUUUUAUAUAUAGCUAUAUAAAGUACCAGUAUAACAAUGUGAACUCCGAAAUGUGAACUGUUGUCCCUCUCAUUGGUACUUGUCGUACUUGAACAAUGCUUUAGGGUGUUGGAGUGCAGUACAUGGAAUAAAUUAUAAAUAUGUUUGGAAAGGUGACAUUAGUGGAAGGUUUCAUUUAGAUUUUUACACAGGACAUCUGUUUUUUAAUCCUUUUUAAAUGUCCUUGGUUCCUUACAGUUUGCAGUAUUUAUUAUUUUUAAUUUUUUUUAAAUCAAGGUUACUUUUUACUCAAAAAGGAAACUCAUUGGAUAAUCAAAGUGACAUAAACGCUUGACAAAAUUGAAUACAAGGGACAGAGAACCACUGACACAGAUACUAUUAAUCUCCCCCCAAAUCUGCCCUGCCGUUCACUGAACCGAGGGUGAACAGUGUAUUGAAAGGGUUUUGGAAUAUAAAAAAAAAAAAAAAACUAUAAAUAAAUACAUCUUAAGACUUUGAAUAACUACCUGAAGUGAACUAUGGAUAGCCUGACCAUGGAGUGAGCUAAAGGGUCUGGGUGUGUUCACGUACCAGAAAAACUACAACCCUCAUACACGUUCUACCAUAUACACCAACAAUACAGUGCUCCUGGACUGAACUGAUGACCUCUGAAAAUGUUAUUGUGGUGUGAAGUUGCUGAAAACGAUUUGUUUCCUACAAGAAGAAAGGUGAUGUAUCUCAUAUAUGUCACCAAAUAUGUCCCUCUGCUCACUGAAAGUGUACCUACCUAAAGCUAUGAAUGGUGUUUAAAUGACGCAAAAUGGUGUACUCUUAGUGACACCUCUUCAUGCAAUGGUUUGUGGGGAAAAUCCAUAGCUGAAGACUGGUGAUGUUUUCUAACUACUCUCAUCAAGUUGCCUGGUUGGGGGAUGGGGCCGGGUGGUGGGGUUUGGGGAGGGGAGGGGAGGGGGGCAGAACAACUCAAACAAGUGUCUAAAUCUGUACAAAUUUUUUAUUUUUUUUUGCUGUUGUCAAAUACAGUGAUAUACUCUUGUCAGGCAUUCUUGCUGUAUUUAAAAAAUAUGAGAACAUACUUUUUGAAUGAAGGAAAAACUGCAUUGUGGAAAAAUAUUGCACUGAGAAAAAUUGCUUUGUAAGGCUGUAAUGUUAUUUGUUUGUUUUUUAAGUUGGGAUUCAUUUUAAUUGUUCGGAUUGUUUUUUUGUUUUGGUUCAUUUCUUUCUUUUUUUGUUCUCAGCACUAUGUUUCUAAGGCUUCUCCUGAACCAUGUACAUAAGACAAUGACAACAAAAGUAAGCUGUAAAUAAAAUGCAAAUGUAGAUACCUUUUAGACCUACAACAGUGACCCUGUGUAGUCUUUAGGUUUAAAAAAAAUAAUAAAAUAAAGGAUAUUUUGUGUUUA